ACUAUUCUGAAAAUAAUAAAUUUUCUUCUAAUUGGCAAGCCAAGUGGUUAGUUAGGCAGUGCUGCCAACAUAAGUAGCAUGCAUGCGCAGCCGGUGGUGGACAAAAGCGUGAUGCCAAAAAUAAAAAUAAACGUCGCUCUGGUGUGUAAAAUUUUCGUGUCCGAUUUUAAAUUGCAAAGAUACGAGGAAAACCAAUUCAAAUUUGCAAAGUAAAAAGUUGUAAAUGUACCUGGAUCGAUUUUGUAUCGGAUGUUUAUAAAAUGCUUUGUCGGGCAAUUGUAUUUCAACGUCAAAUUGUUCAAUAAAUUUGAGGAGCAAAGCUUUAAAAUUGGAAAAUUUGCACUGUGUUGAAAAGGUGGGCGAAAUUACGCAUUUCGUUUUUGCCUAAUGGUGGAUUCGAGAAAAAUAAACGAGCACAAAAAGAAAUUGGCAAAAUUGUGAAAACAAAAGUUUGUGCAACGCGUGGUGUUAUGAAGAAACAGGCAAAGAAAGUAAGCGAUAAGUCAAUUGUAAAACAUCAAAAACUUAAACGGGUAUCGUAUGAAUAAAUAAAAUUUAGUAGAGUGGCAAUCAAAAUGGAAAAUAAGUGUAACAAAACUCCAAAUGCCAACAAUAAAUAUAUGGAUCAUGUUUACUGUCAUCCGACGGAAAGCAAGAACUACAUUAGAGCUAACAACAAUGCGGGGGGUGGUGGCGGUGCUGCCUCAGUGGCGAAUACGGAUUACUUGGCGCUUAUAAAAGAAAACAAACAACUACGGGCUAUGCUGAUACUUCAUUUGGACUUAAUACAAGCACAAAGUGAUCAACUUCAAGUUAAGGACAAACAACUUGCAGCGCAAAAUGAGGAAAUUGAGGGAUUACGUUCAAAGAAUCAGCAACUUGAGACACAAGUCCAGGAGUUACAAAAACAACUACAACGUCAUAUAAAACGAACCGCGAAUUCACCGCCACCAUUAGCAAAAAUACAACGUAAAGCAGAACCAAUGCUAGCAAGUCGUGUGUCUCCUGUAACAGCAGCAACAGUGGCAGCUCCCGGGGGACAAAAUAUUAUUGGCGAGUGUAAUGGUAAACUUAUUAGUAAAAUUAUAUUGCAUCGUGUUAGUCUGCCUGAUCAUAGCCCGAAUUCGACAACAACCGGUACUUCAGAUACCACUUCCGAGGCGGAUGACAGUGCAGCUAGCAAGACACAGGCGGAACAAGAUGAAAAUGACGAUUAUGCAGAAGAAGAAGAUGAUGGUGACAUGGAGGAAGCCGGCGAAACCACCGGUAAUACCACCGAGGAUAGUAAUGAUGUGGUUUCGAUACAUUCCAAGCCCAUUGAACAGCAAAGAAUGUCGCCUAUACAUGUCACGCGUGGGGCUAAACCAAUGCGACAAUUAGCUAUACCAGUAACUACAGUUCCGGCUGCAACAAAUGCUACGAUGUCUGUCGUACCAUCUUUAGUUCCCACCGUUACAACGACAACAACCACAACCCAAGUGUGUGUUACGCCACCAACACCAAGUCGUGGCAAACAAAUGCCACUAAUGUUGUGGCAUGCACCAGAUCUGCAAUCCGAUGAAUCUGCAAGCUGUGAAUCACUUGGUGAACUCUCCGAUCAGCGAUCUAUGGUUGCAUCGCCAGCUUCACCAAAAAUUGAAAAUCAAUCAAAGAAAGCAAAGAACAUCACAACUCAUUCGCUUCGCAGCAGUACACACUUACAAACUCAACUACGGCAAAACAAAACUCGUCGGUGCGGUUACUUAUCCACGGACAGGAUGUAUUGCACGCGUGCAUGGGAGGACGAGGAGAUUGUGACCGAUGGCUACGAAUUUAUGAAGGAAGAAGUAGAAGCGCUACACGCUGAUGCACCCAUGUUAGAGAUACCCAAAUGGACAGAACACGAACUUACGGUAUCCUAUUGCAUUGAGGGAACCGAGAAUUUAUCCGACGAAGCAUUCCUUAAGCGUCAUGAAAAGUUAGAAUUGGCGGAGAAGCGCCGAAAAAAAUGGGAUGUACAGCAAAUACGUGAACAGCGACGCAUAGAAAAAUUGAAACGACGUCACUGCAAGGACGAAAUACAAAUACCACCCGAUCAACAACCGCUGUUGAGUUUUUAUCCACAACCGGAUGCAAUACAAACCAUUUGCUUUACCAAUGACCUACCGGUGCAAGCUUUUGGAGAGCUGGUACCAAAAUUGAGUGCACUGAAUGAUUUCGACUUACCAUGGUUAGAUGCAUUAAAUAGUGCACGUACACCAGGAUCGGCAGCUACGGGAUCGAUUGUCACAUUGGCACAUAGUCAAACUGGCUCAAAUGUUUCCUCAGCGCAGGGGCAACAACAGUUAUUAAACUCAACUUUUGUUUUUGUAAAAAAGCGCAAACGUCAACAAAGCGGCACAACUGGCGGCACAGUAGGCGCACAAACGCCACGACAGCGCGGUGCAUUACGCAGGGUAGCGGCUAUAACAGCGACGCCAGCUGCGGCGGCAGUAAUGCCUGAACAAACUGUGAUAGCACAACCAGCCAUGACGGAAACUGCGUUAGCAACGGCUUCGACAACAUUGCCUAAUCGUAAUUUGUCGACUGUUACGAGUGAGAAAGUCAGCGAGGGACCGUCAAAGUAGUUAAACUUCAUCGCCGCUUUAAAUAGCAUGUAUAUUAAUAUGUUUAAAAAAAUUCGAAGUUUCUUGCGGUACUCAUGUUGGUCUGAGAAAAGUUAAAAUGAAUUUCUACUUAUAUUGCAUUGCAACACGACGCAUUGUUCAUUUAAUUUGUUUUUCUUUUUAUGAAGCCUGGAAUAUUUUUUGUUUUGUUUUUACUAAAGUAUCAACACAUAUACACAUAUAAUAAAAAUUGUAUAUAAGUAUGUAUGGAACUUCAUACAAAAAACACCACAAGCAUAGGUAUGCAAGUUGAGAGUCACCUAUUAGUUUCGAGCUGUUUGAAACUAAAAAUGAAACCGUUGCACUUCACAACUCUACCAGUUUUAAUGGACAAUGUGUUUAGAAGCUUACCGUUUGUAAAUAUUUUCAGUUUAUAUAUAAAAGUAACUAUAUAGCAGAUUUAUUUAGCUCGUCUUGAAAACGUUAUAUUUUUUGUGUGUACGUCUUUCUAGCUAACACAAAAUUUUAAAACAAUGUCAUGUAAUUUAGUGAUAGCUUCAAAAGUAAAAAGUAGAAAAUUCAAAGAUACGAAAUACAUAUAAUCCCAGUCUUAUGAAACGAACUUGAAAAAAUGUAGCGUGAAAUUUUUGAGCUUAAAACAACAAAUAACUGUUGUCGAAAGGUAGUCUAUAAUUUUUUCUAGUAUAAUAUUGGAUUAGGCAAGUUAUGGCACGAGAACCAAAGUGCCGAAAAAUUUGUAUUUAUGUGUGCAUACAAUGUGUUGGGCGUGGCAGUGGUCUAAGAACGAUACUAAAUUUCUAAUUUAUAUAACUUGAAUUGUGUUACUUGACCUGGUUUUGUGAAAAAUAAUGAAGAAAUCAUUAAAUGGGCUUUAUUCAAAUGGAGUUAUUUGACAAUUAAUAUCAUAUUUACAUAUUUUAUAUAUAUACUUUGUAGUAUUCGUACUGAAUUGAUUUUAAAUCUUCGACAAUAAACGAAGAAUAGUUGCGGAAAGUUUUAGAAAAACAUUCAAUUUAUUAUUUUACAAUUUUAUUUUAUGGACAAAUUGCAAAAAAAAAACAUGAUGAUCAUCAUACAAAUGAAACUAAAUUCUAUUAAAUGUAUGUAUAUAUAUUAUUUUAAGUUAUUUUACGUUUUCACUAUAAAUUAAUGUGGCAAUAAGCUGUAUGCGCUUACAAGCCUGCUAAUGUAUAGACAUGAUCUAAAAUAAUUAGUUGCUUGAAAAUUUUACAUAUAAUUUACAAACGAAUAACGAGACCAAAUAAAUUACAAAAAGUGCAUUUUCGUAGGGGAAAUUUAGAGAGAUAACAGUCAAAUUAGUGUUAAUAUUAUAUAAAUUGUAGAAGUGGUGUAAACAACAGACCAACAAAGUUAUACUAUUAAUUUUUA